AUGGGGAGAUAUCCAUGUUGUAAAGUUGAUGAAGAUUUAAAGAAGGGGCCAUGGACAAGUGAAGAAGAUGAGAAAUUGAUGGAUUAUAUUACAAAAAAUGGCCAUACUAAUUGGCAAUUAAUUCCAAAAAAAGCAGGUUUAAAUAGGUGGUCAAAAAUUGCAUCUCAUCUUCCGGGAAGAACUGAUAAUGAAAUCAAGAAUUUAUGGAAUACGCAUCUGAAGAAAAAACUUCUUAAGUCAGGAAUUGAUCCAGUAACACAUCAACCAAUAACUGAUCCAAAUUUACUUCUUAGCCUUUCUAAUUUGAUGAACCCUUUUGAAUCUGCUCUUAGAUUACAAGCUGAAUUGACAGAAAUAGCCAAAAUCCAUAUUAUUCAAAACAUAAUUCAAGUCCUAAAUACCCCUCCUCCUACAUUAAUUCCAUCUUUACAAGAAAAUAAUUACCCCAUGCAACAAUGUUACAAUAAUAUUAUUGCUCCAUAUGACCAAAUUCUUACUAAUGAACCUUCUCCAAUUUCAAAUAAUUUAUCGGACAAUAUGGUCGUAAAUUCGAGUAUUUUAGAGAAUAAUAUGAUUAAUAUUGUUGAUAAUAAUUCAGAAUAUUCAUCACUUCCUUCACUAGUUCCAGUUACACCUGAGAAUUCAGUACCAUUUGAUCAGCAGAUUAUUGAUAUGAUUAAUCCAAGUUAUUAUGAUGAUUUUUAUGCAUUGGAAAAAAUUCUGGAUGAUGAAGCAAAUAUUAUUUGA